UCGAAGAAGAAGCCGAGCUCUCUCUCCGGGCAGUGAAGUGAUUCUGGGAUUGUCGCUGGUCCCUCGUGUGUGUCUGUUAACUUCAGCUGGAUCUCGUAACCACCUGUGUGGAAGCCGGAUUUCGCAGUAUGGCGUUAAAUCUUAUCAUCAACACGAGCAAUCCGCCUCUCGGGGCACUUCUGGCAGCCGAGCACGUGAAGAGCAGUGUGAAGGUAUCAGUGGAGGAAGGCAAAGACACUCAGCUUCACGUCUCAGAUUCGGUCCAGUUCAACGAUGCCAACUCCAUCAGCCGCUACUUGGCCCGGGUUGCUCCCACUCUUGGCCUCUAUGGAUCCAACACAAUGGAGCAGACUGAGGUUGACCACUGGCUGGAGUUUAGUGCUCGCCGUCUGUGUAAUCAGCCAGAUUUGACUGUGGCACUGGGUGAACUGGAACAAGGCCCUGUGUCCCUGCGGACCUUCCUGGGGCACGCCCUCACCCUGGCUGAUCUGUCUGUCUGGGCUGCCCUCAAAGAUCACUGGGAAUGGACAAACCAGAGCAAAUCCUUCUCUCAUGUCAGUCGCUGGUUCUCCUUCCUGAGCUCUCAGGUUCCCUUCACCACUGUGGGCAGCAAGUACACCAGUAAGAAAGCUCCAACAAACAAAUCCAACUCGAACGGGAAGAAGCCAGAUGUUGGGAAGUUUGUGGAGUUGCCAGGAGCUGAAGUGGGCAAGGUGGUGGUUCGAUUUCCUCCUGAAGCCAGCGGAUACCUGCACAUUGGACAUGCCAAAGCUGCCCUGCUCAACCAGCACUACCAGGUCACAUUUAAGGGCAAGCUUAUCAUGCGCUUCGAUGACACCAACCCUGAGAAGGAGAAGGAGGACUUUGAGAAGGUGAUCCUGGAAGAUGUUGCCAGGCUCCAGAUCCAUCCAGACCAGUUCACCUACACCAGUGACCACUUUCCCAUCAUAAUGAAGUUUGCAGAGAAGCUGCUUACUGAGGGCAAGGCUUACAUCGACAACACCCCACCUGAGGAGAUGAAGCAGGAGAGGGAGCAGCGUGUUGAGUCCAAAUGCAGGAAGAAUUCCUUGGAGCAGAACAUGAAGAUGUGGGCGGAGAUGAAAGCGGGAACAGAGUACGGUCAGACCUGCUGCAUGAGGGCAAAGAUUGACAUGAACUCCAACAAUGGCUGCAUGAGAGACCCCACCCUCUACCGCUGCAAGAACACUCCCCACCCUCGCACAGGAGACACCUACAAAGUCUAUCCAACAUACGACUUUGCCUGCCCCAUUGUGGACAGCUUCGAGGGCGUUACCCAUGCUCUUAGGACUACUGAGUAUCAUGAUCGUGACGAGCAGUUCUACUGGAUAAUCAGUGCCCUGGGCAUCAGGAAGCCCUACAUCUGGGAGUAUGCCAGACUCAACCUCAACAACACAGUGCUCUCCAAGAGGAAGCUCACCUGGUUUGUUGACCAGGGAUAUGUCGAUGGAUGGGAUGAUCCUCGCUUCCCCACUGUCAGAGGAGUCCUUAGGAGAGGAAUGACUGUGGAGGGUCUGAAGCAGUUCAUAGCAGCCCAGGGUGGAUCAAGGUCUGUGGUAAACAUGGAGUGGGACAAGAUCUGGGCCUUCAAUAAGAAGGUGAUUGACCCGGUAGCUCCCAGGUACACAGCUCUGUCCGGCUCCUAUGUGGUUCCAGUGUCUGUUCCAGAGGCUACGGAGGAGAUGAAGGAAGUGGCCAAACAUCCCAAGAACACCGAGGUGGGGAUGAAGGAGGUUUGGUAUGGUCCUAGAGUUCUGAUUGAAGGAGCCGAUGCUGAGACCUUCACAGAGGGAGAGGUGGUCACUUUCAUCAACUGGGGAAACCUCAUCAUCACCAAGAUCAAAAAAGGGGCCGAUGGUAGGGUUUUGUCCAUAGAGGCGCGUUUGAAUCUGGACAAUAAAGACUACAAGAAGACAACAAAGAUCACAUGGCUGGCUGAAACAAGCAGUGCCCCCCUGCUGCCGGCCGUCUGCAUCAACUAUCAACCACUGAUCUCCAAAGCUGUCAUCACCAAAGACGACAACUUCAAGGACUACAUUAACAAAAACAGCAAGUUGGAGGAGAAGAUGCUUGGCGACCCCUGUCUGAAGAAUCUCAAGAAAGGCGACAUCAUCCAGCUCCAGAGGCGGGGCUUCUACAUCUGUGACGAGCCCUAUGAGCCAGUCAGUCCUAACAGCUGCAAGGAGAGUCCUUGUGUCCUCAUCUACAUUCCCGAUGGUCACACUAAGGAGAUGCCAACAGCUGGAUCCAAGGAAAAGAACAAGACGCAGACUUCCAACAACACACCUGCCAGCCCUGCCAAGGCUCCUACAACCUCUGUGCCAGCCCCAGCCCCUGCCUCAGCAGCUGACCUGUUUUCGAGCAUCGUAGCACAGGGUGAAGUUGUCCGCCAGCUCAAAGCUGCCAAAGCGUCCAAGGACGAAGUAGAUAAAGCUGUUAAGCAGCUGCUUUCUCUAAAGGAGCAGUUUAAGCAACAAACUGGCGUGGAAUACAAGCCAGGCAUGGCUCCUCCUACCUCAGCAUCAGCUCCUCCUGCCUCAGCACCAGCCCCACCCACCUCUUCAUCAGUCUCUGCCUCCUGCCCAUACACAUGUGUUUCCCAGCAGGGGGAGCUAGUGAGGAAACUGAAAGCAGAGCAGGCACCGAAGGACCAGAUCGAUGCUGCAGUGAAGCAGCUCCUCGCUCUCAAGGCCGAGUUUAAAAAGCUGACCGGUCAGGAUUAUAAACCUGGGAUGGUCACACCCACCUCCUCUGCUCCGCCUCCUGUGACCUCCACAUCUUCCCCCUCCCCUUCUUCUUCGGGCCUGUAUGAGCGUGUUGCACAGCAAGGGGAGGUGGUGAGGAAACUGAAGUCGGAAAAAGCCCCCAAGGAUCAAGUAGAUGCUGCAGUGAAGCAGCUGUUGGCUCUGAAGGCAGAGUACAAACAGCAGACUGGACAAGAUUACAAACCAGGAUCGCAAGUACCAGCUAGCCCGGCUCAGGUCCAGACCCAGGCCAGCUCUGCCCCCGCUCAGUCCAGCUCCUCCCCACAGGCCCAGGAACUGUUCUCACAGGUAGCCCAACAGGGAGAGCUGGUGAGGAAGCUGAAGUCUGAGAAGGCACCCAAGGACCAGGUGGACGAAGCUGUGAAGACUCUACUGGACCUGAAGAACAAAUACAAGACUCUAACCGGAGAAGACUACAAGCCCGUGGCUGCUGCUGGGGGUACUGGUGGAGAGGACAAAAACCGCAAGGAGAGAGAGAACAAGUCUGAGAAACAGGGUGGAGGAGGAGGAGGAGGGAAGAAGGGUAAAGGAGACAAGGGAGGUCAGAGCAAGGAGUCAUCAGGAGGAGCAGGAGGUGCAGGAGAGGGUCAAGGACCCAAGAAACAGACACGGUUGGGUUUGGAGGCCAAAAAAGAGGAGAACCUGGCUGAAUGGUACUCUCAGGUCAUCACUAAAUCAGAGAUGAUUGAGUACUAUGAUGUCAGCGGCUGCUAUGUGCUGCGACCCUGGGCCUACUCAAUCUGGGAGUCUAUUAAAGAGUUUUUUGACAAGGAAAUUAAGAAACUGGGUGUGGAGAACUGCUACUUCCCCAUGUUUGUCUCUCAGGCAGCUCUGGAGAAGGAGAAGUCCCAUAUUGCAGACUUUGCUCCAGAGGUUGCUUGGGUAACUCGGUCAGGAAAGACCGAGCUGGCAGAGCCCAUCGCUGUCAGACCCACCAGUGAGACAGUGAUGUAUCCGGCCUACGCAAAGUGGGUCCAGUCCCACAGAGACCUGCCAAUCAAACUCAACCAGUGGUGUAAUGUUGUGAGAUGGGAGUUCAAGCAUCCCCAGCCUUUCCUGAGGACAAGAGAGUUCCUGUGGCAGGAGGGACACACGGCAUUUGCCACAAAGGAGGAGGCAGCUGAGGAGGUGCUGCAGAUCCUGGAUCUGUAUGCCAAAGUGUAUGAGGAGCUGAUGGCCAUCCCUGUGGUGAAGGGGAGGAAGACGGAGAAGGAGAAAUUUGCAGGAGGAGAUUACACAACAACUGUGGAGGCAUUCAUCUCUGCCAGCGGCCGAGCCAUUCAGGGUGCUACAUCCCACCAUCUGGGCCAGAACUUCUCCAGGAUGUUUGAGAUCGUGUUUGAGGACCCCAAGAGGCCGGGUGAGAAGCAGCUGGCUUUCCAGAACUCCUGGGGAAUCACAACCAGGACCAUCGGUGUUCUCACCAUGGUCCAUGGAGACAACAUGGGGCUCGUGCUGCCACCCAAAGUCGCUUGCCUCCAGGUUGUUGUCAUUCCAUGUGGGAUCACCGCAUCCUUGCCAGAGCAGGAGAAGGAGGCGCUGUUGGCCCAGUGCACCAAAUAUGUGACAAGGCUGCAGGAGGCUGGUAUCAGGGUGAAGUCUGACCUCCGAGACAAUUACUCACCCGGGUGGAAGUUCAAUCAUUGGGAACUGAAGGGGGUUCCUAUUCGACUGGAAGUGGGCCCUAAAGACAUGCAGCAGAAGCAGUGUGUUGCAGUGAGGAGAGACUCGGGUGCAAAGGUGACGAUACCAGAGGCCGAGGUGGAGAAGAAUCUGCUCAGCAUGUUGGAGGACAUCCAGAACAGCCUGUUCAAAAAAGCUUCGGAUGACCUGAAGAGUCACAUGGUGGCUGUAGACACAAUGGAGCAGUUCCAGAAAGAGCUGGAUCAGGGCAAGAUUGUCCAGAUCCCGUUCUGUGGAGGAAUUGAAUGCGAGGACUGGAUCAAGAAAACCACUGCCAAGGACCAGGACCUGGAGCCUGGAGCUCCGUCCAUGGGAGCCAAGAGUCUCUGUAUCCCAUUUUCCCCCCUGAAGACCCUCCAAGCUGGACAGAUGUGUGUCAGUGGCAAGGAGCCGGCCCAGUGCUACACUUUGUUUGGACGCAGUUAUUGAGCACCUGCUCGUCUGGGGCAGAGAAUGAGCAUCUUAGUAGAAAAGGGCUUUCCCACCUUCUCUAUACCUGUUUUUCCUUGUUGGUGUAUAAGUUAAGUGAAGUGGCUGAACUUUGGGAUUCAGAAAGGGAAAGGGAACACGUUCUCUUUGUUUUGUCUUUUUUUUUAAAAAAAAACAUGUCAUUGUUAUAACCCUGUUACAACAUUGUUUAUUCUUAUAGUUUGUUAAUAUCGCCCCUAAAUUGUUGAUUAUGCUCUAAAGGCCUUGUCAGAAGCAGACUCACUGUCCUCGAGUGGUGCACAAAAAUGGAAAUGACCAAUUAUGGUCUGCAACAAUCUGUGGAAAACAACUCUGCCUGACAACAGUCCCAUCUCACACAGCCAAACUAUCUCAGGAACUCUGCAGGUACUCUGGCUUGCAGUCUCAUCCUAUUCUAACAGCUUUGUCAGCCCUGCUCCCUCUGUAUGGUUACAGUCUGUGGCUUUAUAUUUAACAGCUCAAAUAAAAUCUCUCAGAUCCACCGGAGCCAUACGGUGCAGCUGUGAUGAACUCUGUGUAUGGUUAAUAUUCAGUGAUGUAGCAUUCUGUCUCUUCUCUCCCAUGAAAGAACUCUGAAGCUCGUCUAAAAUAAAGUAAUUUCCAUAGCAAA